AUGUCUCCCAAAACUAUUACUGUAAUUAUGUUAUGUUAUAUUGUAAAGUGUACAUCCCAAAGUCUCUCUAAAACAAUAACUGUAAUCCUGUUAUGCUAUAUUGUAAAGUGUACAUCCCAAUGUCCCUCUAAAACUAUUACUGUAAUUCUGUUAUGUUACAUUGUAAAGUGUACAUCCCAAUGUCUCUCUAAAACUAUUACUGUAAUUCUGUUAUGUUACAUUGUAAAGUGUACAUCCCAAUUUCUUUUUAAAACUAUUACUGUAAUUCUGUUAUGUUACAUUUGUACAUUCCAAUAUCUCUCUAAAACUAUUACUGUAAUUCUGUUAUGUUACAUUGUAAAGUGCACACCCCAAUAUCUCUUUAAAACUAUUACUGAAGUUCUAUUAUGUUACAUUGUAAAGUGUACAUCCCAAUAUCUCUCUAAAACUAUUACUGAAGUUCUGUUAUGUUACAUUGUAAAGUGUACAUCCCAAUGUCUCUCUGAAACUAUUACUGAAGUUCUAUUAUGUUACAUUGUAAAGUGUACAUCCCAAUAA